GUGCCUGGGAGGGGCGUGCGCCGAUGCAGCAGCAGCACAAGCCUAUGACAGAAGCAGCAGCAGCAGGCAAGUCGCACACGGCUCUUCCAGUCUCACAGCUGCUUUUUUACCGCAGUGGCCUGAGCGAGCGUCCCACGCAAGGGAAGGAGGAGUAGGACGAUCCCCCUGUGAGAGCUCAGCGCAGGUCCCCAGUGCAGGUGAAGGAUGAGGAUGUUGAGCUCCGGGGCUGACUGCGCUCUGUGCCCGCGCUAAGCACUAUGGAUGGUGCUCUUGUAACGACCUCUGCUCAUUUCAUCAGUCCGCUGCGGACAGGCAUGCUGAGUGCCCCUGCUGUCAAUGGGCGAGGACGUGGACACGCGCAAAAUUAACCACAGCUUUCUCCGGGAUCACAACUAUGUGACUGAAGGGGAGGAAAGACAGCUGCCCAGCUGCCCAGACUGUGGAAAGUUUCCUGAGUGAGGGCAUAUGCUUCCUACAUUGUGGACUUCCAUGAGAGACCAUCUCCCCAGGCUCCCUUUGUGCUUCACAAGGCUGAAAUAUGAGCUGUGGCUGCCUUGACAUCAUAACAACAAGCAAUGCUGAUAUCAUUUCUACAGUUGAAUUUAACCACACUGGAGAUCUGCUGGCAACCGGGGACAAAGGCGGCCGUGUUGUUAUAUUCCAAAGGGAACCUGAGACUAAGAAUGAACCUUACAGUCAGGGCGAAUACAAUGUUUACAGCACUUUCCAGAGCCAUGAGCCUGAAUUUGAUUAUUUGAAGAGCCUGGAGAUAGAGGAAAAAAUUAACAAGAUUAAAUGGCUCCCCCAGCAGAAUGCAGCCCACUCCCUUCUGUCGACAAAUGAUAAAACAAUUAAACUAUGGAAGAUUAGUGAGCGGGAUAAGAGACCUGAGGGGUAUAAUCUGAAAGAUGAAGAAGGGAGGUUGAAAGAUCUUUGUACUGUAACAUCAUUACAGGUGCCUGUCAUAAAACCUAUGGACUUAAUGGUAGAAGUUAGCCCAAGAAGAAUAUUUUCUAAUGGACACACAUACCAUGUCAACUCCAUUUCUGUCAACAGCGACUGUGAAACCUACAUGUCAGCCGAUGAUCUCAGGAUUAACCUUUGGCACCUAGCAAUCACAGAUCGGAGCUUCAAUAUCGUCGAUAUCAAGCCUGCAAAUAUGGAGGACCUGACAGAAGUCAUUACGGCGGCCGAGUUUCACCCUCAUCACUGCAACCUGUUUGUGUACAGCAGCAGCAAGGGAUCGUUGCGACUGUGCGACAUGAGAGCCUCUGCGCUCUGCGACAAGCACUGCAAACUUUAUGAAGAGCCAGAAGACCCAAGCAACAGAUCAUUCUUUUCAGAGAUCAUCUCCUCAGUCUCAGAUGUCAAGUUCAGCCACAGCGGACGUUACAUGCUCACACGGGAUUACCUCACUGUCAAAGUAUGGGAUCUAAAUAUGGAAACCAAACCCCUUGAAACAUACCAGGUUCACGAUUACCUUAGAAGCAAGCUGUGCUCACUGUAUGAGAAUGACUGUAUUUUUGACAAGUUUGAAUGUGCAUGGAAUGGUUCAGACAGUGUUAUCAUGACAGGGGCCUACAACAACUUCUUUCGUAUGUUUGACCGAAACACAAAAAGGGAUGUAACUCUUGAAGCUUCAAGAGAAAGCAGCAAGCCCCGGGCCAUCCUUAAACCCAGGAGAGUGUGUGUAGGUGGCAAGAGGCGGAAGGAUGACAUUAGCGUGGACAGCUUAGACUUUACCAAGAAGAUCUUGCACACGGCCUGGCACCCCACUGAGAACAUCAUUGCCAUUGCAGCGACAAACAAUCUGUAUAUAUUUCAGGAUAAAGUGAACUCAGAGAUGCAGUAGGAUUAAUCUUUAUUUAAUGCCAAGCUAGCCUUUCCAGAGGUCUUUUCUUUGUUGACGACCUUGGUAGGAAAGUCUUCUUGGCGGUGGGAUUGAAUGUUCUACCAUAACUUCUUGCAUUACCUCCCUUUACAGUGGUACUUGAUUCCUCCUCGGCGGAAGAUUUAUUUAGAACUCUUAGACCAUGCAGCUAAGUGAUUAAUUAGGAUUGACUUGACCCUGGCAGUCUAUGGGCGUGCCGGAUACUUGUAUGAUGAAAGGGGAAGGACACUGGACCUUCAAACUUUCUUUGGAUGCCUGUAAACUCUUCCACAUUACUGUGGAUGUGGCCAUGCUUAUUUCUGCAAUAAUAUUCCAUUCUCAGUAGCCUAGCAACAUUGCAUACAUUUAAUGGUGUGCUUAAAUAUCAUUACAAGAGACGGAAAAAUAAAUAUAUAAUAAUAAUAUAUAUAUUUCUUUUUUUGUAAUCAUAUUCAUCCUUGAUAUUAAAUUAUGCAUGAGCCAUACUAUAACAACUUCAUGUACAGACUCUGAGAUUUAUUUGGUUCAUAAUAUAUGCUUUAUCUUUCAAUGCCUUAAAAAGGGCUGUCAGGAAAUAAAAACUAUGGGUGCAUGUUCAAGCACUAGCUCUUUCCUUUGUUCUCGGUUUACAUCGUACACGUUAUAUAUAUAUAUAUAUAAAGAUCUAUUAAAAGUACAGACUGAAGCAGUUCUCCAUAAAUAAAAUAAAAAAUGCUGAUAAUAUUUUUAUUUCCACCAUUGCACUACUCUUGUAUGCAGUGCUUCUUGCAGAAUUGUCCAGGCGUCACAGAGCUCACAAUCUAAUAAGCAACUGUGAGUGCAGAGGGAGAAAUAGGGACUUUUGGAGCUGAGGAGGGUAUCAGCAGAAGUACUAAUACUUAACUCUUUACAGCCGACCCUGACAGUGGUCAUGAUUAAAACAAUGCAAUAUAUAUAUCUUAAGCUGGCCAUAGACUCAAAGAUCUUUCCCCGAUAUGCCACUAACACCAUGGCUAUGGUAAUUCGAACGUUCAGCCGUACGGCUGAACGAUCAAAUUAGGAUAUGCCAAGGGGCUCCGACGGGUCGGUCAGUUAAAAAUCAAACCUUCCCGAUCGAUAUCGUGGCCAGAUAUCGAUCGGGAAGACCCGUCGGAAGCCCCCAUACAAGGACAGAUAAGCUGUCCAAUUGGUCCAAACGACCGAUAUCGGCAGCUUUAUCUGCCCGUGUAUGGCCAUCUUUAAUUUGUGACUUCUGCAUGUUGUACCCAAAAUAGUGAAGAAUUUCAGCCCCCCCCCCCAAAAGUGCAGUUUCGAUACCUUCUGUAUAUAAAUAUCUGCAAUCAAUGUAGCAUGGAAAAUAAUAGUUCUACUGAUCCAAUGUGGGAUGGGAUGAAUGAUUGGAUGGCUGGAACAUUUGUGCAGAUGACUGCCUCUGGGCAAGAGUGUUGGGCCCUGCUAAGUCAAAUGUUCUGGUCUAAGAGUCUUCCAGUACUAAAGGAUGAAGUUGGGGAGAAAGCUGUAAGCUAUUAAAAGUGCAUUGUCCAUGGCUGUGCAGAGAUCAGUGCAGCCAAGUAUUUGGUGCUCCCUUUUUCAUGAAACUCUUUCUCCCUAGCAUGUAUAUAAUUAUAUGAAUUUGCAAUACCAAUGUGGGGCCUAAGCAGAGCCACAAGAAGUUGCAACGCUGGGAGCAACAUUGCUCAAAGCUGCAAAAGGCUCUCAGUGAGCUGAGAAUAAGGCAACAUCCCUGAGUAGACGUCUGAGAAACAAUUCUACCUGCAGUAAUAGGUAAGCCCUUGUCUUGCCUGUUACAUAUUACUGGACAUGGGCAUUCUGGGGGAAUGUUUUAAUAUUCUUGCCCUGGCUCUGCGGUGCAGUGUUUGAAGCUGUCAAUAGAAAGGUUAGUUCAAAGAUAUCGAUAUAUAUAAGGACUCAGUCAGAUAAUUGUUUACAGCAUGUAUAUAUUCUUGCAAACACCCUGUGAAUAACCAGAUUUGUGCCUGUGUUUAGGUGGGUGGCUGAGUGGCAAGAAAGAAAAGCCUGUCUGAAAGAUUUUUAUUCACCAAGGACUAUAAAUCCCACCCGGAAUAAUAUGCAUGUUUUUAAUGGCUUGACCGGCACUCCGCUAUUGCUGCUUUCAAGAGCAAAUGAUAAUUUUUUUUAUAAUGCCGUACAGUAUAUAUAUAUAUAUAUAUAUAUUGAAUUGUACACAGGAUCACGCUCGUGGUCCGUAUGUUUUCUUAUGCGGAUAAAUACCCUAUUGAAGCACAACUGCAUGUGCACCUACUCUUCUCUCAGCGCACGUGACACUGUAAUGUGCUGCUUAAUUUCAAGGGUAUGAAGAAUGUCUCUUUAUAGUGUAUAAUCCACUCAUUAUGGUUAUUAUCAUGUGUAAAUAUUAUACUAUGUCUCUGGUGUAAUACCAGAAUGGGGAUGGGCACUAUUAUUCAUCUGAAAGUUUAAUAUUCUUGCAUAAACUGCUUAGAAAUAGCAUUAUUUCUUUAACCUGUCAAAAAAAUAAAAAAAGUUACUACUGGUCAUGGAAAUUA